AUGCACGAUGCAUACAUUCAGAGAGAUUACAAGUAUGCUAAUAAGGUUUUCAAUUUUUUCCCGAGUGAUAAACUAAUUCAUCCAAUCAAGGCAAAAUUAGAAGCUCUCUAUUUGGAACCUCUCAGAAGGUAUGAACAAUUGAAGAAUAAUGUUGAUAGAGCUUUUGAGAUAAAGGAUAUUGAGGAUGUGAGAAGACAAUUGGAAAGGGAGAGUGGAUACAAGGAUUGUAUUGUAGAGGGUUUGAUAUAUGCAAGGACCAAACUUGUACAACUAACUUCUGAGAAGCAAGUUAUCGAUCAAAUCAUGAAACUACUCAAAAAGCAUGGAGAAGAAGUAGAUGCCAUGACAAUUCUGCCCUCUUCGUUGGGAGAUUCAACAUUUAUUUCACUGGAGAAAACAAGACAACGUGAGAAGAAGGAAAAGAUUGUAUCAACCUUGCUAUCUCAUCCAAAAUUAUUUUAUAGGUCAUCAGUGUGUUUUUCUUUGAAUGUUUGGUUUAAUGUGGUGGAAACCUUCUUUGGAAUACUUUCGAAUAGUAGAUCCAGAGAUUUGAUUUCAUUGAUUGAUUCUUUAGAAAAUCAAAAAGAUCAACAAUUAGAAAUGUUAGAGAAUGGAUCAUUCAAAAAGUGGUUCAGAAUUUUGGAAAUAGCCUCCAAAGAUCAACUGACAGCCAAUCUCGAAAGAUUUACUGAAAAAUUAAAGAGUUUAAAUGAUGAAAUUGCUUCCAUUCAUCAAGAAAUGAAGAGUAUAUCUGUUGAUCUUCAAUCUAAGUUUGAACUGAAACAAAAUGUUGAUACUUUUGCCAGUAAGAAACUGGAAACUGUUCAGAAAAAGAGAAUUCAAAAACGAAAGGAAAUUACAGACAUGGAAUUUUUCUUGGAUAAUCAUUUAUUCCUCUAUUUGGAAAAAUCUCAUAAGGAAUUCGGUAUUGAUGUCUUUGGAUGGAUUAUUCCAACAAUUUACAAACACAUUCACAAUUAUUUGAAAACUGUAAUGGUAUUUUGCCAACAAUACGAACAAAAACAUGAACCUAGCAUCACCAAAUAUAUUAUUAAUAGAAACAUGAAUGGUUUAUUGGAAUAUUUGGAGGACAAUAAGUUUGAAAUAUUGGACAAUGACCUCGAAGUAUAUCGGUCGAUUCAUCAAGAGCUCUCUUCCUCAACUCCCAAUUUUCUUUAUCUUGCAACACUAUUCACUGAUGAACAAAAGAAGGGCUACAGCAAGGAAAUAUCACAAGCUCAAAGGGCAGAAAAAGCCAGAAUUUUGAAUACAAGACCUUCAGUGGUAACACCAGAAGAUUUUGAGGAAGAGGAAGAAGAAUUGGAUGUUGAGCUUCAAUGGGGAGGAGAUGAAGAUAUAGAACCAGUAUUUGAUUAUGAAUCUAUUCCAUAUGAUCAAAUUUUGGAAUCUAUCAGAGCAGAAAUGAAGGAAAUACAUUCUUUGGUAAAUUUGAAGGAUGAGAAUAUGAGAGAUGAGAAAACAUCCUCCUCACUAAUUGGACAAUUAAUGAGAAAGAGACUCAUUCCAACCAUCAUGUCUCUAUUCCUAGAAGAUAUGAAAUCAGAGUAUAAUAUAUGGUCUUUUAUUGAAAAACUUGCAAAGAAUGAUGAAGAGCUAUCUGAAAUAGUGAAAACUACAAAUACUCAUUUCAGAAGACGUACCACUCGACUUUCAUCCAUAGCUCCUGAUAGAAUACCUCGAAUGAAAUUCAGAUACUUCCUCACCAGCUAUAUUACUAAUUCACAUUCACUAACAGCAAUGACAAGGAUUGUUAGCUCACCAUCUCUAUCAGAAACUCACAAACCAACCUACCUCCUUCACAAUAAGACUAAUCAAGGUGAAUUUGUCAAAUAUUUGGCCUUCUUCAAAACCUUUCCAAUCAAACUCAACAUGGAAAUACCCUACCUCGAGUAUGAUCCAAAAUAUCAAGAUGAUUCUCCAUAA